AUGAGUCUUAAGGUGUUGAGUGAUUCCGGCGGUGCUACUUCGAAUGAGAACUCACUUCGCACCUUGCAAAACAAUUCAAUCGCCGACACAAGACGACAACAACGAGGAAGACGAAUAAAGAAGAUGUCCAAGCAGGAGAGCGACACGGCGAAGAAGUCGUCGACAGAAGAUGACGAGCCUGAUGACUGGUACGUAGAAUGGACCUUUCUUCUGCUCUUCUCAACUCGUCGAGUUUGUCUUGUCUCAUACGGCAAAUUGAUGUUGCUCACGAUGGACAAGCGCAUCUUCAGCACGGGUUGCGCAGGUACGCAACGACUCCCCUCUCUCUCCGGAUCGCAGCGGAAAAGAUCGCGAACAGACAGUUGGAUCACGGCGCUAACUUUGGAAUCCACCUUGGUUGUCUCUGUAGACGAGAAUGCCAAGUUGACAGAUUGCUAUUUCGAGAAGAAGGACUGGCGGCAGUGUACGGCCGAGAUGGAGCAUUUCAAGAGCUGUUGGAAGCAGCAGGGCAACGAUCGCCGGACGGACGCAAAGGAUGCCUCCAAAAACGUGGCCCAAGCUCCCGCCUCCCGGGCGCCGCAUUCACCCGCGCCGACCAAAUUCAUCAGUCCUCCUUCAUCCUACACGCCGCCCCGGGAGUCUAUGAGCAUCAUCGACACCGCGCAACCCUCAACCACCUCACUCUCGCUCUCUCUCUCCCGCCCGUCCCUUUCUCCCACGCGCGCGCGCGUGUCCCACAGCUCUUCAACCCUACACCCGGACACGCACUCUACCCAUUCCCACGCCACUCACUCCUCAGCCGGAAAGUCGCAUACUAGACAGACCACAAUGGCCUCCUUCACCGUGCGCCCCCUCCUCCGCGCAUCGCGAACAGCAACAGCAACAGCCUUCACCUCCGUCGCGCGCAUAGCCACAACCUCGCGCUACAAAGCCGCCUCCGCGACCGCAGCCGCCCCGUCCCCCGCAAAGAGCACAACAACCUCAAGCUACGCCAGAAAGACACCCUCCCCAGCCGCGAAGGCCUCGAAACCAUCCUCUUCCCCCUCAGCAGCAGCAGCACCUAAACCCACACCCGCGCCCGCGACGACAACGUUCCCAACAGCACCAGCAUAUGUCCCUCCUCCUCAAACCCAGCCCUCAGAUACACAACAACAGCAAACACCGCAGCAGCAAACACGGCAACAACAGCAACAGCAGCAGCAGCCAAUAGACUGGUCGACAUCCUACCACGGCCUAGGCACAGCCCGCUUCCCGAAGGAAGUAGUCGAUAUCCUCCUCCAACCCGUCAACCCGUCCGACGUCGAGGUCAAACCCGACGGCAUAAUCUACCUCCCCGAGAUCAAGUACCGCCGCAUCCUCAACCAGGCCUUUGGUCCCGGCGGGUGGGGCCUCGUACCCAAGGGCGAUGUCGUCGUCGGAGAGAAGGUCGUCACCAGAGAAUACGCUCUCAUCGCGGAAGGACGCUUCAUCUCCCAAGCCCAGGGCGAAAACGGCUACUUCUCCGUCGAAAACCUCCCCUCCGCCGUCGAGGGCUGCAAAUCAAACGCCCUCAUGCGCUGCUGCAAAGACCUCGGCGUCGCCUCGGACCUCUGGGACCCCGUCUUCAUCCGCCAGUUCCGCAGAGAGUACGCCGACGAGGUCUGGGCCGAGCACGUCACCACCAAGCGCAAGAAGCUCGUCUGGACGCGCAAGGACGUGCCGCUGGCGUACCCUUACAAGAAGACCAACUAA